AUGGAUUUCUAUAGUUUUGCUGGUCUUGCGAUCAUAUCUUUGCUGGUAGUUCUUCUACUUACAUCUACCGGGAAAAGGCCCAGGGGCUAUCCCCCUGGUCCACCAACAUUGCCCAUUAUUGGGAACCUACACCAGAUGCCACGAAACAAAGCACACCUCCAAUUUCAACGAUGGGCUCAGGAAUACGGCUCAAUCUAUUCUCUUAUUUUGGGAACUAAGGUUGUCAUCGUUCUAUCUACUGACCAGGCCGUAAAAGAUCUACUGGACAAACGCGGUGGCAUAUAUUCUUCGAGACCAGAACGAUAUAUAGCUCAGGAUAUUAUUAGUGGAGGCGCUCGUGUGGUGCUUAUGCCGUACAACGAGACUUUACGCUCAAUUAGAACACUUGCUCACCGAAUUCUCAAUAUCAAAGUCACUGAUACAUAUAUUCCUUAUCAGGAUCUUGAGAAUAAGGCCAUGCUUAUGGACAUGUUAGAAAGACCUGACGCAUUUAUUGAUCAUGUUCGCCGUUAUACCACUGCAUUGACUACCCAAAUGGCUUUUGGAUUUCGUAUGAAGACCAUGGAGGAUCCACGGGCAAGGCAAAUGUUUGAUGGGUUUCGAAGUUUCAAUGAGCUAGCUGGAAGUCAGAUUGCCAAUAUUCUUGACAUUUUCCCUAUUUUACGACAUCUUCCCGAUUUUGUUCUGCCGAUCAGGAGGUACGCAAGGCAGCUGCAUGCAAAAGAGCACAAAUUGUUUUUGGACGAGUAUCAGAACGUCAAAAAGAGCUUCGAUGAAGGCAAAGAAGUGCCGUGCUUUUGCUCGGAUCUCAUUAAACUCCAGAAGAAAGAGAAAUUUUCGGACACGUCUGGCGCAUAUAUUAGUGGUUCAUUCUUGCAAGCAGGUUCCGAAACUACGUCUGCAGUGCUUCUAGGAUUCGUUCAAGCAAUGGUUAUAUUCCCAGAGGUUAGCAAAAAGGCACAAGCUGAGCUUGAUGCCGUAUGCAAAGACCGUCUUCCCGAAUUAGAGGACAUGCAAAAUUUACCAUACAUUCGAGCAUGUGUAAAAGAGAGCCUAAGAUGGAUGCCUACCGACAUCCUCGGCGUUCCUCAUUCCCUUAGCCGUGACGAUUAUUAUAACGGAUAUAAGAUCCCUAAGAAUGCUGAGAUCAUUUUCAAUGUUUGGACUAUUCACAAUGAUCCCCAGCGGCAUCAUAAUCCCAGGAGGUUUGACCCCAGUCGUUGGAGUCAUGAUAAUCAGACAUCAGCUGAAGCAGCGACGAACCCGGAUGUCACAAAGAGGGACCAUUUUGUGUACGGUGCUGGACGUCGACUCUGUCAAGGCAUGCACAUUGCCGAUCGCUCUAUGUUCAUUGCUAUGGCCCGGCUUCUUUGGGCAUUCGAUUUCAGAAGAGCUGUCGAUAAAAAAACCAAUGAAGAGAUAGUGCCUGAUAUGGAGAACUUGACAGAGGGUCUAUUUGUAGCCCCGGAACCAUUUGAUGCUGAUAUUGUCCCACGCGACCCAAAGAAAGCAGCCUGCGUGAAGGAAGAGUGGAGUAAAAUCGUAAAACUUUUGGAUGAAGAUAUGCAGUGGAAAGAAUACCCAAAGGGCCUGGUCUGGAAUUGGCAGGACUCGGUGGAAUAG